AUGAACGAGAAGACGAGUAACGGAAACGCAAAACCUCACGACUCGGCCGAGAAGACGGCUCCAAGUUCCUUCCAGAACAAUGCCCUCGCGCAACAAUAUGGCGGCGGGCAUGCUGGCGGCUGGGUCGGGCGUCUUCCUGCGUCAUGGGUGCCGUAUGUUCAGCUAACGCGGCUGAGCCCGCCAGCAGCCCUCUUCCUAAUCUAUUUCCCUCACUUCUUCGGUAUCAUGCUUGCUGCUAUUAUCCAACGAUCGCCCGUGUCACAAGUCCUAUACGCAGGUGUUAUAAUGCUUGGCGGAAGUUUCUUCUUUUCCAACGCAGCCCACGGCUGGAACGACCUUAUCGACGCCCCCAUCGACAAAUCCAUUGCCCGCACGAGUAAGCGACCUAUCCCUCGCGGCGCUAUCUCUCCCCGAGCCGCCUUCAUUUUCACGGUAACCCAAGCCAUUGGCGCGGCUUCCUUCCUGCUCCUCAUGCCGCAAGGAAGUGCCAUAUACGCCGCCCCAAAUAUUAUCGGCACGUUCUACUAUCCCUGGGCUAAACGACACACAAACUUCGCCCAGAUAGUACUCGGGUUCUGUCUAGCUUGGGGUAUAAUGAUGGGAUCUUGCGCAAUGGGGCUUAAGCCCUUCACUGGAGGACCUUUCGGUGCAGAAAGCGAGUGGAAACAGACCUUCUGGGCAGAGCCAUCGAUUACGAGCUUGUUACUCGCAAGUGUCCUCUGGACAGUAAUAUACGAUACUAUCUACGCGCAUCAGGAUGUCAAGGACGAUAUUAAGGUAGGAUUAAAGAGCAUCGCCGUUCUUUUUAGAGAUCGCACGAAGCCGUUACUGUGGUUGUCUCUUGGAUGUAUGGUUGCGCUACUAUAUACGUGUGGUAGCUUGCUUAAUAUGGGAAUACCAUUCCAUGCGAUGGCUGGUGGAGGGUCUCUACUAUCAUUAGGCGCUAUGAUCGCCAAUGUCGAGCUCAAAGAUUCUGCAAGUUGCUGGUGGUGGUUUAGAUACGGGUUCUGGCUAGCAGGAGGAGCAAUUGCGGGAGGGUUGCUUUCCGAGUAUGUACUCAUCAGACCAAGCUUUUAA